AAUUAUUUAAAAGAGAUCACGACCACAGCGCCAGGCAUUUCGCUAAUAAAUUAUUGUGUUUUUCAGAAGCGCAUCGGUAAUCGAUCAGACUCUGUGCUGCAAAUACAGGUACAGCAGUGUAGGGAAAAAUUCAGUUUAUCAUCGUUUAAUUUACUAAUCUUUUAAAAGCUCACGAUGAAAGUCGCCCUACUCGUUUUACUGGCACUGAUUGCAGUUGCCAUUGAGGCAAAGCAUUUGAAGAGGCCCGGUCUGCCUCCGUCGAUGGAUACGAGCAAGCUACCGGUUUGUUCAGCAAGAUGUGAACGUGUAAUUGAGAGACACGAAAGAGAUGAUGACCGGGAUGACGACCAUGAUGACGAUGAUGAUGACGAUGAUGAUAACGACAGCAGACAUGGUUCUUUUAGACACGGCUCAAAAUGGUUUAUGAAACACAGUGAGCAAGGUAGUGGACAUAUGCCCAGACCUGAGAAUCAUCCUGAACAUGAAAGAGAGCGUGAACAUGAAAGAGAGCGUGAACAUGAUCGCCACAAGAAAGGACGUGAACAGGAUGAUGAAAAAGAUAGAGAUUCCCAUAAGCAUAAAAAGGAAACGGAAAUGAGGCAUUUUGAUAAAGAUUCGAAUAGAGAAUACGUGAAAUGUAGAUAUGGUAUGCUCUUUAACCCCUCUGGCUGCCCCAUGUGUAAAUGUGCAGAAAAACACCUCUGCCACAGGGUGAAGUGCGCAAAACAUCAUGCUUGUCAUAUUUUUAAAGAUGGAGAUGUUGAAAAACCAUACUGCGUUGCCAAAUCUCUUAUACCCGAGGAACAAACCGAUGACGAUGACGACAGUUGUUUCGGAUUUUUUAAGCACCACAAACGUGGAGCCAUAAUACUUUCCGCUGUAAUCUUAAUAUUGGUGAUUGUUGGUGUAACCGGAAUUACUUGCUACUGCAUUAAGAAAAAGGCUAGAGCCAGACAAGUCUCCAAUCAACAAAGAGUUAUGAAUGAAAAACCAAUUGGAGACCAAAAGGAAUGUCCACCACCCUAUUACAUCUACCCAAAUGAUGAAGAGAAAAAGGUUGAACCAACUGAUUUUGUUAGUGUUCCACCAGCAACUCCACCACCUAGAUAUACUUCUACAACCUCUCUUAGAACAAUUUCUGAAGAGGACGAAAAGAAGAAAGGGCUACCAGAACUUUCUUGCUAG